UAGUUUUUAUAGUGUUUCCCACUAUGUCCGACCAAACUGGGAGCUCUUCACCCAAUAAGUGUGAAAGGCGCUCAAAGGUCCCAGUUUCUCGCAAAUGCAGAGAAAUCUAGAGGGCGGAGUUUGUGGGGAAGGACCCAGGAACAAGGGUAAGAUCGCCGUUCUUCGUCCGGGGAAAUCGAGGCUUGGGAGGCAAAAGGAUUUUUCCCAUUUUAGGGUUAAUGCAACUGUGUGGAUCCUGACGCUGAGCUGAUCUCUCGAUUUGUGCCUUUCAGAUACUUCCUACCAAGAUCGUUUUCUGAGCUGAUGAUAGAAAAUGUAGCUUAACAUUUUUCGUGGGGAAGAUGCUGGAGUCCUCACCUCAACAUAUUAUUCCAUCAUUCAUCCUUACUGUCUUAGGUCUUUUGUGACCCAAAACAGCCUCCACACAGGCACGGACUUCUGGGUCACUAGAUAAUUGGAUUUGCGGUCUCCUGACAUGUGAAGGCUGCAAGGGUAGGAGGUUUAGGGGCCUCAGAGUCAAUCUGAUAAGUCUCUAAGAUAGAAAAGUAAACAGUCAUAUAGACAAGUCAGCCUAUGUCUGAACACGGGGAAUGGACCUAAGCCUGGGCAUACAAAUUUGAGAGUUGUGAGCCCUAUGUGGUUGGUUCACACUUAUGGUCCCAGCAUUCAGGAGAGUGAGUGAUGCAGGAGAAUUGCCAUAAACACCAUGGCAGCCUGGGCUACAGAGUUCUCCCUCCCCAUCUAUUCCCUCUUUCUUUUUUGAGAUAUAUAAACUCUAUACUCUCGACUUCCAGCCAGCCACGGCGAUGCUUUCCUGUGAUUUCAGCACUUGAGAAGUGGAGAUAGGAGGAUCAGGAGUUUGAAGUCAUACUCAGCCCUAUAUUCCAAGCAAAUCUUCCUCCCCAGGCUUGUCUUGACUUGAAAAGAACAGGAAAUGAAUGAUUCCAAGCCUUCUGAACACUGAAUUUAUAGGCAUUAGGCACCACACCUGCCUUCAGUGAUGGAUUCCUACAGAUGGGGAUUUGCUGUUACAGGGGAGAGUGACCUUUGAGGACAUCACUGUGAACUUCACCCCAGAGGAGUGGCAAGGGCUGAAGCCUGAGCAGAGAAACUUGUAUAAGGAUGUGAUGUUGGAGAACUACAGCAACCUGGCCUCUUUGGAAAAAGAGCAGGAUAUUGAAAGGCAAGUUAGGAUGAACAUAAAUUUGGAGAAAAGUCUCAAGAGAGGAGUUGUAUCCAUACACAAGAAAACAUUCACUAAGCAAAAAGGUACCGCACAUAAAAAGAUGUUUCUCCCAAGCAACGAUGAUGUUUCUUCAAGAUUGAGGCUCUCACAAUAUGAUCUAAUUGGAAGGCAUUUGAAACAUUGUUUUGAUAGGAAUCCUUGCAUAAAAAAUAAUUCUAAUGAAUAUAGAAAAUCAGUUGGCUCUAAUUCAUGGAAAUCUAUGAAAAACCAUUUUGAAUGUAAUGCCUGUGGAAAGUUACUCAAUUCGAAGCCACGCCUUCAGAGGCAUCUGAGGAUCCAUAAUAGGGAGAAAUCCUUUAAAUGUAAUGAAUGUGGAAGAGCAUUCAAAAUGCUGUGGAACCUGAAUAAGCAUCAGAAAACUCAUCCAGAGAGAAAAGUCUAUAAGUGUGAUGAGUGUGGAAAAGCCUACAGGCAGAAGACCAAUCUCGUUCAACAUCAGAAAAUUCAUACCAAAGAGAAACCCUAUAAAUGCCAAGCUUGUGGGAAAGCCUUCUCCUGGGUGUCAUCUUACAUUAAUCACAAGAAAAUCCACAAGGAUGAGAAAGCCUACGAGUGCAAUGUAUGUGGCAAGUCCUUCAAACAGAACUCAACAUUUAGUCAACAUAAAAACACUCACAAGGAGCAAAAGCCUUACAGAUGUAAGGACUGUAAGAAAUCUUUCAUUUGCAAGUCUGCUCUUGUGAAACACCAGAGAACACACACUGGAGAGAAACCCUACAAAUGUGGGCUGUGUGAAAAAGCUUUUGCCCAGAAAGCAAAUGCCAUCGAUCACGAGAAAAUCCAUGCUGGGGUGAGGUCUUAUGAGUGUCGUCUCUGUAACAGGGCUUUUGUCCAGAAGAAAAACCUCACUCAACAUAAAAAAAUCCACACUGGAGAAAAAUCAUAUGAAUGUAAUAGAUGUGGGAAAGCCUUCUCUCUAAAGUCAAACCUCGGAGUUCAUCAGAAAAUUCACAGUGGAGAAAAAGCCUAUGCAUGUAACGAAUGUGGGAAAUCCUUCAGCCGCAAAGAACACCUUGAUUUUCAUAAAAAGCUCCACACUGGGCAAAAACCUUAUAAAUGCUCUGAGUGUGGAAAAGCCUUUGCUGACAAGUCAUAUCUUAGUGGUCACCAGAAAAGAAUUCACACUAGAUAGGGACUUUGAGCACUUCAAAUACAUGGAAAAUACAUUUAUGGGAUGGCAUGGGAUAGUCAUCCCCAAAAUUGAUGCAAAAUGGCCUACACUUUUCAGUCUAUCACAGAAAACACGGAGGACUUAAAUUCACUGAGACCAUCCUUUGAGGACAGGUUUAGCUCAUUCCUUCAUAGAUAUUUGUUUUGUCUUUUUAAAAUGUAUAUGUUCCCAUAUGUUUGUCAUGGGUGUAAAGAUGCCUAAUGGAGCCAAAUGAUGACAUCAGGUCCCAUGGUGUUGCAGGUGGUUGUGAGCUGCCUCAAAUGGGGUGCUAGGAACCAACUUCAUUCCUCUGGGAGAACAUAAUAUGUUCCUAAAUGCUGAAUCAUCUCUCCAGGCUCGUGUUUCACUUUAAUAUUUUAUUUAUAUAUUUUGUGUUUGAGUGAGCAUUCUGUUUUGCCUGCAUGUACGUCUGUGCCACACGUGUGCCUGGUACACAUGGAGAGCAGAACACAUUGGAUCUCCUGGGAUGGAGUUCCAGAUGGUUGUGACUGCCGUGUAGAUAAUGGAAUUUGAACCCAAGUCCUUGGAAGAACAGACAAUGCUAGGAGCUCUUUUCCCAUCUCCAGCCACACUGUUUUGCUAUUUUUGAGAUGAAAUCUUGUUGUAUUUCCCAGACUGGACUGGAACUUCGGGGCUCAGGUGAUUCUCUUGCCUCAGCCUCCUAAGUAGUGGAGACUUCAGAUACAUGACACAUGUCUGCCACUCAGCAAACAUUUAUAAAGUGCCUUUUGACUAACAUGACUGAAGAGAUACCAGUAAACUAAAUCUGUCCAAAACUUUCAUGGAAUUUUUGGUUUAUCAUGGAGUUUAUUGUAGUAAAAAAUAACUCAUGGUAGCCUUUUCUUUGAUAGUUCACAUCAGAAAAUAUAUUGUUAUGAGUCUGUGCUAGGUUGACAAUGUAUUUUGUAUGGAAGGGGUUUUUGUUGUUAUUAAAUAAAGUUGGAAUUCGAAGUGA